AGUAUGAGAGACAAUACAAGUUGUCUUCAAAAUGAAUUCAAUGGCCGAGGUUGUUGUAUUAAUGUCCCAGGGUUAGUAAUGGAUUUUAUCAGGAAAGACAUAGUAUCUCCACAAACUGCGGAUACUGGUGAAAGACUCCCUAGCAGUAGCCCAGGGACAAUUAGUUCUGAUUCUCUCCUCCCAAAGUCACGAGACUCUUCUUCAAAAUUGGAACCUCACACUCCUGAAAAAUCUGACAGAUCCACCCCAACUUUGCACGGUCGGGAGAACCAUCCCAUUGGAAAUCCCAGUCCUUCGGAUCUCAAACAGCCUUUUUACCCAACCUACCCUUCGAACGUUCAAGAUUUUAAAUCAACCUUUGGCGGGAGCUACUCAAGUCCUGGUAUCGGAUAUCCAAAGACACCUACGAGCCUUGACGGAGACGACAACCGAGGCAACCCCUCCCUACAGAGAAGUUUCAGCCUAUCAGAUAGUUUCCAUGACGAUGACUCCAACUCCUCAGAGUCCUCGUUCCUAAAUCCAAACACUGGUCAGCCUAACUACACUCGGGAUCCCAACACUGGACAAAUCACCUACCAACCGAAUAAGGAGGGCAUCUUCUUCUGUCACCUGUGCAGCUUUUCAGGGACCACUCGUAGUGAAUUUGAAGAUCAUAUGACAUGCCACUUUGAACACAUAUGCCCCCACUGUGAUUACAAGUCUCGCACAGAAGGUCGUCUGAAACGUCACAUCAAAGACUUUCACACGGAGGAGCCUUUGGACGGAUUUGGAUCCAAACGUAACAUGGGAAGACCAAAAGUUUUCCGCUGCAAGCAAUGUGAUUUUGUUGCCACUGAGAAGAAUGACUUUUGGCAGCAUGCUAGGUCUCAUAUCAAGGAAGAGAAACUUCUGCAGUGUCCUCGAUGUGAAUUUGUUACCGAGUACAAACAUCAUCUAGAGUAUCAUCUCCGAAAUCAUUUUGGAUCCAAGCCAUUUAAGUGCAACAAGUGCAAUUACUCCUGUGUUAAUAAAUCCAUGCUGAAUUCCCACAUGAAAUCUCACACAAAUGUUUAUCAGUAUCGUUGUGCAGAUUGCACUUAUGCCACCAAGUACUGUCACAGCCUGAAACUGCAUCUAAGAAAAUACAACCAUAAACCUGCAACAGUACUCAACACGGAUGGGAGUCUCCCUCAGGGGAUUGAUGCAGAAUCUUCCGGAUUGUCGCUACUGCAAAAGAGAGGCCCACCACGGGGACCAAGGGGUCCAAGGAAAGACAAGUUUGACCCAUUUGUUGGUCAGUUUAUGCUGCCCCAUUCAAUGCCAGGAAUAGCCCCUACAAUGAGUCCAGGGAUGAUGUCACCUUUCUGGCCGCUCCUGAACCAUGUACCCAAUGGUCUACCUCCCCCUCAUCACCCAAUGAUUCCAACAUCUCUUAGUGCUAAACUGCCUCCACAUCUUGGUCAUAGUAAAAUGAUGCCAUCAUCGCCAUUUGGCUUUAGGCCUCUCAUGCCGCCAGGAAGCAUGGGUACACCUUUUAAAUGCAGCCUCUGUUCAUUUGCAACAGAUAUUCAACAAGAUUUGCUUCGUCACGUCAUGAAAGUCCAUGCCUCUGAAAACUCGGACCUAUUCUCCAUUUUUGGCAUUUCCUCCGAAGCCUUGCUGGAGGAACAAAACAGAAAAAUGAACUUCUUUUCACAGCAGACUCAACUUAGAGAAUUAACCACUCCUGAACAAUCCAUUCCAACCUCUGCAGCUCUUCAAAUCAAAACAGAACACUCUACUUCAGAAAGUUCCAAGAGAAGUCCCAGCUCCUGGUCUCAUUCACCACCCAGCAGCAAAUCUAAUCCCGAUAGCAGACCCACUAGUCACUUCAGUAUGCCAGAAAUGAACUACAGUUCAUAUCUGAAUGGCAAUGCUAGUCCCAAAGAGGCAGACGCACCAGAAGGUGAGGAUAUCAUAAAACAAAUGAUGAAUAAGUUUGGAUCUGGCGUCCCAAUUGAGAAGUCUCAACCGGCUCCAAAACUACAGCUAGAAGGAUCACUUCGCGAAAGUCCACUUGAUCUCACAAAGCCAAGGUCACCUUCAGAUGGAAUGGAUGACCUUGGAAAAGAUGGUGGGAACCUGUCCAGUGGUGAAAACUCUACGACUGCUGAAAAUGUGGUCAAUAGAAAAAGAUCUCGCAAAGGAAAGGCUUUCAAACUGGAGACCCUCUGUCUAAAAUUGCAAGAAAAGCAGUCUGACAAUGUAGAGGAAGAAGAUGGAAAUACAUCAGGCAUGGAAGAUGAACUGCAGAUUGAUGAGAUGGAUGCAUAUGAAAAUAUGGAGACCAAUGAAGAAGAGGUGGAGAAAGAAGUUAAGGAUGAGGAAUCCUAUGAGGGAGAGACAGAGGCAAUGACAGACCUCCAGAGGUUUGAACAACUCCAAAAGCUUGCUGCAGCCGCAGCCGCAAGUCCACAACAGCAGUACGAGAGAAGUUCUUCUCCUCCACCUGAUGAUCCAUCAUCCACGAAUGAUUCAAAGGAAAAAAUUGAUCCAAGUGAAGAACAAAUUGACCCAAAGGAGUUCAUUGAGGAGAUGAGUAAUUUGUCUGAAAAUGUUCCACAGGCUGUCAGGAGGGGGACAGAACUGGCCUGGAAGAUCAUCCAGGACACCACAGGGACACCACUUCCUCCACCCAUCCCCACGGCAACUUCCAACGGCCACCACAAAAGCGAAGACAAUAAACACUUUCCUGUCUCACAAGACAUGCACCUUUUGUCAACUAGCACACCCAAGGACAAAAACGGACACAAAAGUUCCAAGUAUGAAUGUCCUUACUGCGAGAUUGCUUUCAGAGACUGUGUCAUGUACACAAUGCAUAUGGGUUACCAUGGUUUCAAGGAUCCAUUUAAAUGUAAUAUGUGUGGUUAUCAUGGACACGAUAAGGUGGAAUUCUUUCUCCACAUCGCAAGGGAAGCACAUAAUUAAUAGAACAUCUGUCUGCCUCUCCAAGCCAUAAAGUGUUACAGACUGAUUUGCAUGUAGUAUUAAAAAAUAUUUGUACACCUUACAGAACAGAAUUAGCCCAAGUCAUGUUGUCUGUAGUGCUAAGUCUGAGUUUGUUUACAUGUUUUUGAACAGAUGUAACAAUUCUAUUACCUUGUUUUCUUUGGUGUUGGGACCAUAAAGCAGUUUGUUGUAGAAUUAUUCUCGGAAGGUGCUGAACUGUAGUGCUUUUGCAUCAGCUUGUCAAAUAAUGCUAAUUUUGGAAGAGAAAAUUUGAUCCCGGUUUUUUACAUGAAACACUAGUCACUUUCAGUACCCACCCCUAACUUAGAAAACUGAGAUCAGUAGAACAGACACAGAUAAUAUUAAAGAAUUGUACGAUUACAGUAAAACAUGCUUACAGCAAACUCCAUUAUAACAAAUUCACAUGUACAGUGAAGUGAUUUUCAUUCCCUGUAGUUUUAUGAACUGAAUGGAUCUAACGAAUUAUGUUUUUAAUAAAUCAAAUUUGUUUGUCCCCAGCACUUUGCUGUGAGCGUGUUUUACUGUGCGGUUAGAAUGGAGUGUACCGCUUUAGAUCAGUAUUUUUGAUGUAUUUUGUUAAUGUAUUGAUGUUCUGUUACACAUUCCUUCAUGUUGUGGGGACUCUGUGGGUCAUAAGCUUUACAACACCUUUGGUUUUUGAAGUUUUACAAUAGUCCUGUUGAAAAUGUUAUGUUUGCAAGUUUAUCUUUUUAUUUUUCCUCACAAGAAGGUGCUCUGCACAAAAUGUGCUUAAUACAAAUCCCACAAUUGUGCUCUUUCUUGUUAACGGUUUAUAAAUAUGUUUGAUUGUAUACACUGCUUAUAUCGCCUGGCCCUACAGAAGUUUAUUUAUGUGUGUCAUGUGUUAUCAUUUUUUGAUACCUUUGAUAUUCCUGCAUGCUUCUUGAAGACAGUUUAUCUUUACAAUGAUAUCGCCUCCCAUACCCAACUAGUUAAUAUCACUGGAUAUCGCCACUUAACUGUGCAAUAAUUCAUGUAUUAUCCUUUUAUAAUUUAAACUUCAUUCAGUUGUAUCUCAGGGAUAAACAUUGUGUAGAUGCGUACUUUGAUUUAGAUGUUCUUGCCAUGCGGUACUCUCAGAAUGUCCCAAUCCCCUCAUCCCCCCUCCCCCUCUCCAGCGUAAUCCACAUGUGUACAAGUGUUAUUUGCAAAGAUGGUCGAUGUCUUCAACUUAUUAUACGCAACUUAUUGAGUCAUCAUCGCUAUUAUUACAUUGUAGAUUUCAUAUUGAAUGCGCAUCAUUUGUUUUAUUUAUAUGAUGUACAAUUAUAGAUUUUUAAUGUACAUACAAUUUCCUAUGUAACCCAGCAAUAAUUGAUGUCGAGCACAGUUCAGAAAUCCAUUUUCGUAUUAUUUAUGUAGUCACUAGUGAGAGUACUGUGUAUUUUCUUCGUUGAUUUUGUUAGCAACUUUUAGAAUUACUGUGUAUUGAACAGCAAUAAUUAUGUACAUAUGUAAUAGUCAAUAUUGAAUAACUAUGUACAUAAGUAAGUCAUAUUAAAUAACUAUGUACAUAUGUAAUAGUCACAAUUAACUGUGUGUGGGCAUUGUUAGAUAAAUCUCACAUUUUAUUAUACUAUAUUAGCCAUUGUCUACCUCAAUAGUAUUUCAUCAGUAGUAUUUUCAGUUUUAAAAAAAAUAUCAUCUUUUACUGCACAAUUUGUUAUAAUAGAGUUAUCUCCCUUGGAAUUCAUUUUUGCUUGAUAGUACAAUACCUACCUCUUAAAGCAGAUCAUUGCCAGAGACAAAUCAACAUGCAUCUUAUUAAAAUAUUGAGAUUUUAAAUUGAGGAACUUUUUAACGUUCAUAUUUUGGAGUAUGAUUUUCAAACACUCGGCUGUUAUCAGUGCAAAGACAACAGCUGCCUUCUAACUUUUGCAUUUUGAAAUAUAUGUAUACCUGAGUCAUCAGGUAAUUAAUCGUUUUAAUAAAUAAGUAUUUAACAGUUAAUCUUAUUUAUACUGUACAAAAGGUAUUUGUGCAUGGUUAUACACAUAUAUGCACAUAUUUGUCAUUUACUACUUUUAUUUAUUUCAUUCGUGUUACACAUCAUCAUUUUUAUUUAUUUUUAUCACGUAACCAUCAAUUUCAUAAGUUUUUAUAAAACAACUAUUCACAUUUAUUCUUAAUGACAAAAACAUGCAUGGAAUCAGAUCUCAGAUCAAGGGCAUGUAACCCAAGUCAUCAUAGACCAUUCUAUCUGCCUGUAAUAAUUCAUUUCAAAUCACAUUUUUGGUCCUUCAAUGUUAAACCUUGAUCAUCAUCAACUCAUGAAAUUGCUCAGAAUUUAUGAAAUCCACAUUCCAACAAUUCUUGCCAUUGGAACUCUUUUUGUCGGCAGGGAUAUCGCAUUGUACCACAAUUUAAUUUGCUCAGUAUGCGAGCUUUUUAAAACUGAGAGAUAAUUUCAAUUAUUCCAUUAUUUAUUUUAAAAUGUCUUUUAAAAUAAUGUACCUUUAAAUUGAAGAAUUCAAUAUUUGAUCAUUCAUUUUUCAAUUGCAGGUAAUAGUGUAAAUUGCAAAAAAUGAGAGCGUAACUGCCAGUUCUACAGAAUGUUAUGAUCAUUUGAACUCUUGUUGAUUAAUGUGUAUAGACCUAUUUGUAUCAUUUAAUUGUCAGUGAUUAUAUGUAUUAAAUGGUGUAAUAAAAAUAAUUAAAUCAG